CAGGUGGGCGUGUCUUCUGUUCUGCUCUGCGGUCCCCUUGAAUCACAAAGCCUGCGGGUUAGCGCACUGCAAGGCUCAUCCUCUAUGUACCCGGGAUCACCCCGAGCAGCCACCCGGGGAGAGUCACACUGAGCAGCCACCCUGAGCAGCCUCCUACCCGGGAUCACCCUGAACAGCCACCCGGGGAGAGUCAGCAGGAGCCAUCAGUAGGAACCCAGACUGGAUACACAAGCAGGGACCUGAUUAGCCUGGAACCAUCAUCAGCAGGAACUCAGUCAGGAGCUAGCAACAGGGACCUAGCCAGGAGCCACGGGCAGGAGCCAUCAGCAGGGACCCAGGCAGGAGCCAUCAGCAGGGACCCAGCCAGGAGCCACAGGCAGGAGCCAUCAGCAGGGACCCAGCCAGAAGCCAUCAGCAGGGACCCAGCCAGGAGCCAUCAGCAGGGACCCAGCCAGGAGCCAUCAGCAGGGACCCAGCCAGGAGCCAUCAGCAGGGACCCAGCCAGGAGCCAUCAGCAGGGACCUAGCCAGGAGCCACAGGCAGGAGCCAUCAGCAGGGACCCAGUCAGGAGCCAUCAGCAGGGACCCAACCAGGACCCCUUGGCAGAAGGCAGCCUGGAUACCCCAGGGUACAGAGCAGUGCUUGGCUUCUAGGAUUCUUUAAUAAGAGUGUGGUGUUUGUGUUCAGCAGUAAAAAGGCAGUGCAGCUGCUGGAUUUACCCCCUGUCUGGGGCACAGGCAGUCUUUACACCUAAACUGCUGGCCGUAGUGGAAACCUUACUAAUGCACAACCUCCUGCACUUCUAGCCCCACAUACCCACUGGACGGGCAUCUGCUGGGCAGCGCGGGGCUGAUUGUGCCAUCUGGAUCUGAUGAAAAGGAGCUCAUGGGGCAGCAGACAGGGCUAUUGGAUGCCCAGUGACCGUGUUAGGGUUCAGCAGACUGAGAACCUAAUUGACUUAGACACGUUGGAGGAAUCUAUUGGUCAUUUAUUGGUGUAAUCCCUCCCAGAAUGGAAUACCAGUUUGCAUUCCUCAUAAUGGGAAUAAUUGCAUUUUCCGACUCAGCAAGAGGUCCCCCACGGAUUGCUGAUAAAGUCAUUCACAGGCAAACCGUCCGGUUGGGAAGAACCAUCAAACUUUUGUGUCCUGUGGAAGGUGAUCCACCUCCACUUACAAUGUGGAUGAAGGAUGGACGGACCAUUCACCCCGGCUGGACGAGGUUCCGAGUUUACCAGCAAGGGAUGAAGAUUAAAGACGUGGAAAGUGAGGAUACAGGAACUUACAUCUGCAAAGCAACCAAUGGAUUUGGGAGUAUCAAUGUGAACUACACCCUCAUCGUGAUCGAUGACUCGAGUGCUGGGAAAACCAAUCAACCGCCUGAUGGGCCAAAUAUAGAAUUGGAAGACCUUUCUGGAAAGCAGUGGGCUCGACCCAGGUUUACACAGCCAGCUAAAAUGAGGAAGAGAGUGAUUGCUCGUCCAGUCGGGAGCUCGGUACGCCUCAAGUGCAUCGCCAGUGGAAAUCCUAGGCCAGACAUUACCUGGCUGAAAGAUAGCAAGCCUCUAAGCUCUCAGGAUAUUGGAGAAAACAAGAAAAAGAAAUGGACCUUAAACCUAAAGAGUCUUAAACCCGAGGACAGUGGGAAGUACACCUGCCAGGUGUUCAACAGAGUGGGACAAAUUAAUGCCACAUACAAAGUAGAAGUAAUUCAGAGAACCCGGUCAAAGCCAAUUUUAACUGGUAACCACCCAGUCAAUACCACAGUGGACUUUGGUGGGACUACAUCUUUCCAGUGUAAAGUUCGUAGUGAUGUCAAACCUGUUAUCCAGUGGUUGAAGAGAGUGGAAUAUGGAACAGAGAACAAGUACAAUUCUACUAUUGAUGUUGGAGGACAGAAGUUCAUCGUUCUACCAACAGGCGAAGUUUGGUCAAGGCCAGACGGGUCCUAUUUAAAUAAACUUAUCAUCACAAGAGCCAAAGAGGAAGAUGCUGGCAUGUAUAUUUGCCUUGGUGCCAACACAAUGGGAUAUAGUUUCAAAAGUGCUUUUCUAGCAGUAAAACCAGAUCCAAAGCCUCCCAUCGCAACAACUACUUCUUCUCCCAGCAGUCUUCCAUGGCCGGUGAUUAUUGGUAUUCCCGCUGCAGCCGUUUUUAUAUUUGGAACAAUUCUCCUUUGGCUCUGUCAAACCAAAAAGAAACCUUGUUCACCACCAGCUGCAGCAGUUGUCCAUAGACAAGCACAGAGGGUCUGCAUACCUCAAAUGCCAGACAAAGACUGCAUCUCCUCCAUAAACUAUGAGGAUUACGUUGCCCAACAGCAACAUCUACUUCCACAAGGACCUGUUUUGGCACCAGGAGUGGCUACAAAAAUGUACCCAAAGAUAUACACAGAUAUCCACACCCAUACACAUUCUCACGUGGAAGGAAAAGUUCACCAGCAUCAGCACAUUCAUUUUCAAUGUUAAAUGCGAGCCAUACCGAAUUGACUUGUUUCCUCAGCGGUACCUCAGAAAGACUGCUCGGUUCAGCUUACACUGCCAGUAGACAUGGAUUCAAAAAUUAAUUAUUUUAUUAAUGCAAGUAAAAUGUUGACAGAGAAUGGAAAUAAUGAAGGAUAAUUAAAUCCCUGAUAAAAAUAAAUAAAAUAUCAGGGUUUUUUUUUUUGGUUUUUUUUUUGGUUUUUUUUUUUAUACUUGUAUGUAACUGCAGAAGCGACCAGGAGCAGAAGAAGAAGCACAGAGUUCCCUACAAAAUAAUGGGACAGAAAGCAGGUUGCUGUCUGUCACAAAUGCUGUUUAUUUAUGUCCUCUAAACAGUGCCUUUUUUUUCUGGCCUAUUCAUUGGUCGGAAACUUUGGUGCUCCCAAGGGGUGGCGUCAAGAGAGUUAAUUAGACCGGAAAACUUUGGAAGGGUUUGCAUGAAGAAAGAUUGCAAUAGAUAUAAGCUAGCAUGUUUUUUUUGUUUUCAUUUUUUUUUUUUCCUUAGAAUGGAAAAUGUUUGCAUCAGUUUCAUUGUCUUUGCGAACGUUUCUGGUGUUUUUCUAAGUGCCUGCCCUAUUUGAGAAUCAGUGUAAAGACACACAAGAGCAAAUGUGCGUCACUCUUUUUAUGUUUUGUCUUUAUAAUCAUGUCUCGUAACGCUGCAGUGUGUUGUUUUUUUUGUUUUGUUUUUUUCUUUAAAGAAAGAAAAAAAUUAAUUCUGGAAAGAUUCCGGGCUAAUCAAUGCAAACAAUUGAAACAGUUUGAUAAAAUGAAAUUGGUGUAUUUUGUGUGUUUAAAUUGCAUUCUUUAGAAGAGUAAUAUUUUUCAAUUCAUAAAAGCAAUAGUGUGUUGGUGGCUUUCAAAAAUGCCUUAACAUCAUUGUGUUGAUGAUAUGGACUUCAGAAAAAAACAAAAAAACAUUCAUAAAUAUAGAAAAUGUGUAAUUCUAUAUAGAUUUUAAACUAAAGCCAUGUAUAUUUAAUUUAUUUUGUUAAACAGAAAGUGUCUAUGUAAAAUAUUAUUUUCAACAAAAUGGUAAUUUCUAUACAUAUUUUUGCGUGAAUUUGUAAGAUUUUUUUAUUUAUAUAUAUUUUUUUCUUUUUAGCUGUGACUCCUCAAAGUUAACUAUGUAGCAACUACUCAUUGGCAUUUAACGAUUACAGUAAGAGGCAGAAGUUGACCGAAAAAUGGGAUUAAAAUGUACUUUUUAUUCCUAUUUUACGCACUGCAGAUUUUACGGUAAUCUUUAAAUCCAUAUCAGAUCCAGAGUCAUCUUAUUUUUGUAUGCUUUGCUAAACUACAAAAAAUAUACCAUCUGCAACUGAGAAACUUUUUGACAAUCUUGUACAGAAAUCCUAACCCCAUUGUAAAGGCUUUAUGAGACAUUUAGUUAAAAAUACAUGCCAAUGUUUUCAAAUAU